AACUCCGCAGUUUACGUGGUCGACCAACGACUCCAUCAUGUAGCUAUAGCUACCUACGUAGUCAGUAAUAUCUAAACAACCGCGACCGUGAACUAUGUAACAAAAUGCGGAGUCAAACUAUUCUAUUUGUUGGUAUCGUUUCAUUAUGUAGUGCUAAGGAGUACUAUGAUAAACUUGACCGUUACCUUAUCGCCUGCCAUACGACAGACUUUGUAUGCUUCAAGCGACAGUACAAAGCUCUGAGAGACAACGUGCUAUUAGGCAAUAAUAUAUUGAACAUAGAUUAUUACGAUCCUUACUAUUUUAAAUAUGGAAAUAGCGGCACGUGUAUCAAACUAUCCGGGCUUGAGGAGAGCGAACUUGUUGGUAUAAGCAUGGACGGUGCGGUGGGGCUAUUUGGUUUAACAUUGGAGCUGCCUCUGAGGGUCCAACAGGUGUACAACGACACGAAACUAUGCGCCGAACCCGAGCGGGAAUUCACAUCGGUGCAGACACAUAAUGGGUCACUAAAGAAGUUCAAGGGCAAUGCAACUAUACAAGCGAUAUAUCCUUACGAGAUCCGAAAGAAGAAAGGAGUCAUCCAUAUGGUACUUGAAGAAGAAGACUUAGAAGUAAUUCUAGACAUACCACACUUGAUCGACUACGACAUGAAUAAUACUGAACAAUUGGCUGUAUACAAUCUAUCAGAAUGGGCAUACGACAUAUUACAACAUAUAGAUGCCGCCAAAUCCUUUGCCCUGCCCUACACGAGUCAGUACAGGACGCUAGCAGAACGUGUGUCGAUUGAAAGGUUACUACUUCUCUAUCCAGAAGAAGAAUACACAGAUGUCAAGUUUAAUUUCUCAGAUUCUUACCACUUUCCAUAAAUGAAAACAAAUUCGUAGAA